CCCGGGGAGCCCACUGUUCGCCAUGGGCGUCGUGGUGCUGGUGGCGUACGCCGUCGGCUGGGCCAUGUUCUACCACCUCGACCUGCCGCCCACGGUGGGCAUGAUCAGCGUCGCCCUGGUGUACCGCAACGUGCCGCUCUGCUGGGACGCCACGGACCACCUGGACCACUCCGUCAUGUCGGCCGCCAAGUCGCUCUUCUUCACCAUCAGCAUCGUCAAGGCCGGGCUCUACUUCGACGGCGCCGUCUUCCACAACUACGGCCUCACCAUCGUCCUGUUGGGCGUCUUCCCCUGCGUGUGCGAGUCGCUGUUCGUGAGCGCCAUGGUCAAGUACCUGCUCGAGGUGCCCAAGCUGUGGGCGCUGACCCUCGGCUUCAUCUGGGGCGGCGUGUCCCCCGUGCUGCUGUCGCUGUGCCUCGUGUCGCUGGCCAACCAGGGCUACGGCACCAAGACGGGCAUCCUGUCCAUCCUCCUGGCGGCCGGCACCGUGGACAACACGCUGGUCAUCGUCAUCUUCGACAUGCUCAACGAGUCCAUGGCGCUGUCGGACGAUGCGAGCAUGUGGCGCCCGCUUUUGCUGCUCGGCCCCGUCCUGCUGCUGCUGCUGCUGGUCGUGCUGCCCUGCGCGCCCGCCCGCUCCGAGAAGGUCAAAGACCGCACUUUCUGGUACGCCGAGGCGCGGGCGCGGCUGCGCCAGCGGCUGCACUCGGGCUCCGCCUCGCUGCCGCGGCCCCUGCCGCACGCUCGCAACGUGAUCCUGCUCGUGGGCGACGGCAUGGGGCUGGCCACCGUCACGGCCGCCAGGAUCCUGCGCGGCCAGCGCCAGGGCCGCCUCGGCGAGGAGGCCGAGCUCGCCUGGGACAACUUCCCCACCGUCGGGCUCGUCAAGACGUACAACGCCGACGCGCAGGUGGGCGAGUCUUCGGCCUGCGCCACCGCCCUCAUGUGCGGCGUGAAGGCCAACUUCGAGACGGUGGGGAUGGACGCCCGCGGCCGCUUCGAGAACUGCGCCACCACGCACAACUCCAGGUCACCGUCGCUGCUCAGCUGGGCGCAGCAGGACGGCAAGGCGACGGGGGUGGUGACCACGACGCGGCUGACGCACGCCACGCCGGCGGCGCUGUACGCGCACGCCGCCUCGCGCUACUGGGAGGACGACGGCAAGGUGCCGCCGAGCAGCCGGCGGGUGUGCAAGGACAUCGCCAGGCAGCUCGUCGAGGAGGAGCCCGGGUACAACCUCAACGUGGCGCUGGGCGGCGGACGGCGCCACUUCAUGGCCAAGACGGCCAAGGACCCCGAGGCGCCGCACGAGGAGGGCCGGCGGCUGGACGGCCGCGACCUGGUGGACGAGUGGCUCAAGGACAAGUCGCGGCGCGGGCUGCGCGCGCAGUACGCGUGGAACAAGUCGCAGCUGCAGGCGGCCAGCGCCGCCCCGGGGCUCACGCACCUGCUCGGCCUCUUCUCCUACUCGCACAUGGACUUCGAGGCGGACCGGGACGCCGGGCCCGACGGCGACCCCUCGCUCGCCGACAUGACGCGGGCCGCCCUGGCCGUGCUCAUGCGCAACCCCCGCGGCUUUUUCCUCUUCAUCGAGGGAGGGCGCAUCGACCACGCGCACCACUACAACAACGCCUACCGCGCGCUGGACGAGACCCUGGCGCUCGAGUCGGCGCUGCUGGCCGCCAUGGAGCUGGUGGACAUCACUGAGACGCUCAUCGUGCUCACGGCCGACCACUCGCACGUCCUCACGCUGGGCGGGCUGGCCACGCCCAGGGGCAACCCCAUCCUGGGCGUCGACUCCAAGGUGUCGGACGUGGACGGCAUGGCCUACUCCACGCUGCUCUACGGCAACGGGCCCGGCUACAGCGUGCCGCGCGCCGUGCCCCCCAACCGCACCCGGGCGCAGCCGGGGCCCAUGGGGCUGGGGCUCGCCGGCCACCCGAGCAUGCAAACUCAUCAGAUGUCCCAGCAACAAGUGCCGCCACAGCAACAGUUGCACAAUCAGCAAUUGCCUCCGCAGCAACCACAGCACCAUCACCAGUAUCAAAACAUGAGCUGGAACAGUAACACCCCAAAGGCCCCUGUGGACUCUUGGGGUUCUUGGCAUAAUCAACCACAGGCACCUCCAUCAACUAAUAAUGCAGCACAGGUUAAAACCAAAAAACAAAUAAAUGACCUCUGUUUAUGUUUUGAAUUUGUAACUAUACUUCAUACGACUAUUCUCAUCAGCCUGUCCAUCCUGCACUCGACCGCAUGGUACCAGGUCAAGUAA